ACGUGCGGCGACGUGGCGGCGAGGCCGGCGCCGGGCGGCGGAAGUGGCUUCCGCGCCGGGGCUGGAGUGUUUGUGUUUUGGUUCGCGAAGGAGCCCGCGGCCGGCCCGAGAGGAGGCGGAGGAAGGGGGAGGAGAAGGAAGAAUUAGGGGGAACUCGUGCGCCGACGGUGGUGGUGGCGGCGGCGGCGGCGGAGGAGGAGGAGGAGGAGGAGGAGAAAGGAAAGAGGAAGGCGGAGCGGCGAGAGGCGGAGACCGAGGCCGACGGGGGCGGCACCACGGCGCCAGCCCCGCACCGUCCAGUCUGAGGGGAGCGGCGCGAGGAGAAGACGCCUCGCCGCCAAAGCCACAGCCUUCUCUGGGGCUCCGCCUGGGACCUGCUGCCAGGAGCUUCCGCCCUGCGGCCCUGCGAGCUGCGGUCUAAGGUUUCUUUGCCUCCAGAAAGAAAAAAUUGACACCUUGCAUCCUGGAAGUUCAUUUAAGAGACUGAAAUUAGGGACUUCUUUCAAAUUUGGACAUGGCUAAUCGAGGAGCAACAAGACCCAACGGGCCAAAUACUGGAAAUAAAAUAUGCCAGUUCAAACUAGUACUUCUGGGCGAGUCUGCUGUUGGCAAAUCAAGCCUAGUGCUUCGUUUUGUGAAAGGCCAAUUUCAUGAGUUUCAAGAGAGUACCAUCGGGGCUGCUUUUCUAACCCAAACUGUGUGUCUUGAUGACACAACAGUAAAGUUUGAAAUAUGGGAUACAGCUGGUCAAGAGCGAUACCAUAGCCUAGCACCAAUGUACUACAGAGGAGCACAAGCAGCCAUAGUUGUGUAUGAUAUCACAAAUGAGGAGUCCUUUGCCAGAGCCAAAAAUUGGGUUAAAGAACUUCAGAGGCAAGCCAGUCCUAACAUUGUAAUAGCUUUAUCAGGAAACAAGGCUGACCUUGCAAAUAAAAGAGCUGUUGAUUUCCAGGAAGCACAGUCCUAUGCAGAUGACAACAGUUUAUUAUUCAUGGAGACAUCAGCUAAAACAUCAAUGAAUGUAAAUGAAAUAUUCAUGGCAAUAGCUAAAAAGUUGCCAAAGAAUGAACCACAGAAUCCAGGAGCAAAUUCUGCCAGGGGAAGAGGAGUAGACCUUACUGAACCCACACAGCCAACCAGGAGUCAGUGUUGUAGUAACUAAGCCUCCAGUUUGAACUAGCUGGAAUAGUCUUCUGCUUCCUAAAUGUAAUAACCGUGGAAUUGGAGCAUUUAACCAGCUCAGUAUGACUUCCAAAAAGAAGAGACUUAUAAUAGAGUCAAGUUUCUAAUACAGAAUUAUUUUAAGUGUUUUGAACUUAAUUUUUAAUGACAUGCAUGUGACCCUCUGACUAAUGUUUCAGCAGUAGAAGGGGGGAAUGAGAGCUGUGUAUACUUGUUUCCUUGGAAGGUUAGGGGGAAUCAUUUCUCAUCACCAGGAUAUAGGCAAAUGACUAUCUGAACCCACAGUUAACCAGUCAGUUCUAAGAAAGAGAUUUCGAACUUAAUUUGAGCCUUUCAGAAACACUCUUUUUUUUAGAAGGUUCUAAAGAUAUUUAUGCUUAGCUAUAGUAUUUAGGCAACCAGUAAUUUCUCUUAGUAUCCAUAUUUAAAGUGUACAUUCCACAUUUAAACAAAUUAGCCACAAGAAAACAGUCCCACAUAUUGGGGGGGGUGGGGCCUGGGAGGAAUGAACAUUAGUGGCAUCUAAAUUGUAGCCAGUCCUCUUAUUUUUUAAAAUGGGGUAAAAAAAAAAAAAAAAUCAAAAGUAACCCCAUCUUGUUUUAGGAAUAUGAAAACUGAUAAAAUGCAUUGUAAUGGGUAGUGUUCCCUUCAAAGGUGAGCUCUUCAACAAAAGUGAAACAAACCAGGUGUCUGUGAUUUCUGUUUAAUCACUGCAGGCCAUUUUAUCGGUUUUGUUUAGGGGCAUGGAGGGGGCUUUUGUUCCCUUUGGACAUAAUAUAGUCAAUGCACUAACAAUUAUGUACAUUCAAACUUGAUUAUUUUAAAUUCGAUCUUCAGCUGUACUGUAAAUAGGGUACUGCAUUGUAGUCUCCAUAUGUUCAUUACUUUUCUGUAAUAUUUAAGAGUUGCUUAAAAGUAUACAAAAUGUACAGUUACUAAAACAGCUAAUUUUUCCUUCUUGCCCCCUUCCAAAGGAAGGGGCUUCAGAACUGUAAUAAACAAUGUACCAGUAAUUUGUAGCGUAAGUAUUGCGAUAUGUUAGUAAUAAUCUUGCAGCCUUAUUUUCCAAAGUUUGUUUAUUUUGAUCAAUUCAGUAUAUUGCACUAAUUGUUUUAGGUAUUUUCAUUAUAUGAAAUCUACCAUGUGUCAGAGAUGAUUUAAUCUAUUUAAGUGUUGAACUGCUAGCAGAACUUGUACAUUUACAGUAAUUCAGAAUUAGUAAGGAAAACAGUUCACCAGUGUUUAGUUUUAUAUGAGGUGCUCAGGUUGGAAUAAAGUGGUAUAAAAAGCAA